AUGAGACUUCGACGGCUUUGUGAGAAGAAAGCCAGUGGUAAAAUGUGGGUGGACCAGCAAACCUUCGAUGACUACAAGAGUGGGGGUGAACGCAGAGAGUGGCUAGAGCUAGCUUUGUGUGAGUCUUUGAAAAAAUGGGGGACCGGCCGUGACCAGUACAAAAAGGUGAAGGCAGAGUUCGUCACCAGAGUUGUGGUGGUCCGAGAGCGCAUGUCUUCGAAAGAGCAAGAGGUGACAGGGAAGUGGUGCACGGAGGAGAAGCUGAAGUCGCAGUACGCACCUCCCUGGAAAUACAACAGUGAUGUCGAAGAAUUUUUUGUCGAAGAUGAGACGGUGGUCAAGCUCAAGAAAUCGGAUGUGACCCGAAGGGUGGAAACCACGGACAUGGAUGACCGGGACUUAGUUGGUAUUUUGCAUACCCAGAGAUGUGACACCAUUUUGAUGUAUAUAUAUAUAUAUCUCAAGCUGUCAUUUCAACAAGUGGCAAUCCAUCACCCGUAA